ACAGUGCAUCCGCUCGGCUCCCCAUUGACGUCACUGUGGUAUCACAUGAACGAGCCAGGACCAAUCCGAGACGCGCAACCAAAGUGCCUGGUUUCUUCAUGAAGAUAGAGGAAAAGAGAAAAGGGAACCGUGCCAAUGAGCUGCUAAAGACCAAAAAACGCCACAAAGACACACGUCGGCCUCGGAUUCUUUUUAAACAUAAUACCGCUUUUAAUGAUCAGAAUCCUGGAUUAAAACGUCGCGGGGAUUGGCGUAAAGGAUAUCGCAAUGGCCCGUUCAUAUUAAAUAGCUCGUGUCGGGGGGAGCGGAGCGCGGAGAGGAAGAGACAUUUCUGGGGAAAUUGUGCGCAGAGAUAGUAGAGCAGCUACCCCAUAUCCUCUCUCUCAUUCCCCAUCCCGGAAUCCUCUCCAUUCGUCACUUCAUGGCUUUUCUCGAUGUCUCCCCCCGUCCAUAUAUUUUUAACCGUAUUGAAUAAAACAUUUGAGGUCGUGCCGUGCUAACUAGGUUGGGUUUGCAUUAGCCGUGGUUCUUUUCUUUUAUCUAAAAAAAUCCCAACACGCCUGCUUUUGAUACAUAAUUACAACGGCGGCGUUCGUCUCGCUGUCGGUACGGUUAAAUAUGGAUUUCAACAGCAGCGGAGGGGGCAACGAUCUCCACAACAAUCAGUACCACCAGUCGGAGGAGAGCAAGCCUUUACUGGGGGAGAUGUCUACGCCGACGCCGCCGGAGGGGAACAAUAAUAUUAAGAUGGGCGCCGGGCCGUGUCGGAGAACCCUGCACCACUCCAGCAGCGGAAUGCGCUACAAGCUUCUUCAGGAGGGAGACAUUCAGGUGUGCGUGGUCAAGCACCCCCGCACCUUCCUCAGCAAGAUCCUCACCUCCAAAUUCUUGCGGAGAUGGGAGCCCCACCACCUCACCCUGACGGACUGCAGCCUCGCCUCGGCCACGCCCACAGGGUACAUGGAGACCGCUCUCUCCUACAGCACCAUAGAGGACGUGCAGCUGCUGUCCUGGGACAACGCCCCGAAAUACUGUCUGCAGCUCAGCUUUCCUGGGGGGACUGUCCUGCUGCAGGCAGCCAACAGCUAUCUGCGAGACCAGUGGUUUCACUCUCUGCAGUGGAAGAAAAAGAUCUACAAAUACCGGAAGGUCCUGAAUAACCCGAGCCGUUGGGAGGUGGCCCUGAAGGAGAUCCGGGCCCUCGUGGACAUGGCACUGACCUCUCCCCUGCAGGACGACUCCAUCCACCAGGCCCCACUUCUCAUCAUCUCCACCCUGUUGGCUGAGAAUACCAAUCUGAGUGCCCAGGAGCAUGAGAACAUUAUUGUGGCCAUCGCCCCCUUGCUGGAGAAUAACCACCCUCCCCCUGACCUGUGCGAAUUCUUCUGCAAGCACUGCAGAGAGCGUCCGCGCUCCAUGGUCGUGAUCGAAGUGUUCACCCCUGUGGUCCAGAGAAUCCUCAAACACAACAUGGAUUUUGGGAAAUGCCCUCGACUCCGUCUCUUCACCCAGGAGUACAUCCUGGCCCUCAACGAGCUCAACGCUGGCAUGGAGGUGGUCAAAAAGUUCGUACACAGCAUGCAUGGGCCAACAGGACAGUGCCCGCACCCCCGCGUCCUUCCCAACCUGGUGGCCGUCUGCCUGGCUGCCAUCUACUCCUGCUACGAGGAAUUCAUCAACAGCCGGGACAACUCCCCCAGUCUGAAGGAGAUCAGGAACGGCUGCCAGCAACAGAGUGACAGGAAGCCCCCUCUGCCUCUGCGCCUGCUCCGCCCGGAUCCGCCCACGCCCCCACCCCUGCCGCUUUCCCCGCCCCCCUCCUUGCCGGUCUCCCCGCCUCCCUCGCUGCCCCUUUCCCCGCCCCCCUCCAUCGUCAACUCCAGCGAGAUCCUGGUGGAGCUGGAGCGUAACAACAACACUGCCAACAGCAAGCUGAAGGGCCCAGCGGGGGGCGACAGCGAGCCCAACCUGAUCGACUGCCUGCUGGUCAGCCCCAACCUCAGCGCCCUGUCCAUCCAGCUGCCGGCCCAGGCUGACCGCGUGCUGGGCUGCUUCGCCCUCAUCCUCAAAAUGCUGUCUGACUAUGAUGACUGGAGACCCGCCCUGGCUAGCCUUCUGCAACCAAUCCCCUUCCCGAAAGAGGCCCUCGCACAUGCCAAAUUCACCAAGGAGCUGAAGUACGUCAUUCAAAGGUUUGCGGAGGACCCCAGACAAGAGGUCCACUCCUGUCUCCUAAGCGUGCGCUCGGGGAAGGAUGGCUGGUUCCAGCUCUACAGCCCAGGGGGCGUGGCCUGUGAUGAUGACGGAGAGCUCUUCGCCAGCAUGGUGCACAUCCUGAUGGGCUCCUGCUACAAGACUAAGAAGUUCCUGCUGUCUUUGGCAGAGAACAAGCUGGGCCCCUGCAUGCUGCUGGCACUGCGGGCCAACCAGACCAUGGUGGAGAUCCUGUGCCUGAUGCUGGAAUAUAACAUCAUCGAGAAUAAAGACACGCAGCUGCAGAUCAUCUCCACUCUCGAGAGCACUCAGGUUGGCCGGAGCAUGUACGAGCAGCUGUGUGACCGCCAGAGAGAGCUGAAGGAGCUGCAAAGAAAAGGAGGCCCCACUCGGCUCACACUUCCCUCCAAGUCCACUGAUGCCGACCUGGCUCGGCUUCUCAGCUCCGGCUCCUUUGGCAAUCUGGAGAACCUGAGUCUGGCCUUCACCAACGUUACCAGUGCCUGUGCCGAACAGCUCAUCAAACUGCCCUCUCUCAAGCAGCUCAACCUGUGGUCCACUCAGUUUGGGGAUGCAGGGCUGCGGUUGCUCUCUGAACACCUGGCCUGUCUGCAGGUGUUGAACCUGUGUGAGACGCCCGUCACAGACGCAGGCCUGCUGGCCCUCAGCUCCAUGAAGAGCCUGUGCAGCCUGAACAUGAACAGCACCAAACUCUCCGCUGACACCUAUGAGGACCUCAAGGCAAAGCUGCCCAAUCUGAAGGAAGUGGAUGUUCGCUAUACAGAGGCCUGGUAAUCUAAUAAACCUAUGACAUCUUACCACCACCAGGACCCUCUGUCAUCAUCCCCACAAUAGGACCUUAUGACUUCAUACCACAACCAGGACCCUCUGACAUCAUCCCAGCACCAGUAACCCUAUGAUAUCAUCCCGACACCAAGACCUUCUUUCUAGUGAGAACCCCUAAAAGGCGCCUCUGCAGAGAGCAGUUUAAAAAGUACGGUUUUGGGUUUUUUGCGAGUGAUCCACUCCUUUCUCACUGACCUUCGAGCUCUGACCUCCAACCCUCACUGCUCUCAUAGUGUGGUGGAGCACGCUCGGAACAGGACGACAGACUGUGGAUUCUACACGUUCUCUUCCCCCCCCCCCCACGUCAUUUUCUGAGGAACGUUUGUGUUAAAAACACACCUCUUUCCCUCAUUAAGGGUUCUUAUGUCAUGAGGAGCACCAUAUCUGAGGAACCUGGAAAACUGUGAUCGAGUCCUGGUACAACAUGAAUAUUGUUUCAAAUGAGAGCAUUUCACUUUGACAUACGGUGAACCAUAAUGAGUUUAGAUUUUUGUCAGGUGUGCGACUUUAGACGUCAUCUUUCUCCUGAGUAGGAUUUCAGCAUUUUCAGAUUUUUACCCUCAAGAUCCAAGUCCUGUAUACAGGUUUUCAGCAUGGAUGAAGUACUAAAAGUGUACUUACAGUAAAGUUAACUGAGAACAUAAAGUGCUUUAGUGCGUUUGAGGUUUCAUGGAUAAAGUUCCACUUAAGGCAUAAGAAGCUUUAGUGACAUACUGUGUCCCCCUCCUCUCCCUCUCUCUCUCUCGCCGUCUUUGUCAAUUUUUAUUGACUUGAAUGAACAUAUUUUUCCAGACAUCUCUGCUUUCAUAUACUGUGUGUUUAUAUAUAGAAUAUAUAUUCUCUUUAUGACAUUUUUCAUCUAAAGUCAGACAUUCUGCUCAGCAGCCUAACAUAAGUGUGAGAGGAAAAUGAUUUUUAUGUUUUGUUUUUGUUUUUGUCCUUUUUUCUAAAAAAAUUGUUUCAUUUCCCAUGUACAUAAAGUUACCCCCCCAUAUUUAAGAAAAUGUUUGUGUAGGAGGUGGUCUGGUACUGCCUUGUAUUUAUGACUUUCUUUCUCCCUCUUUCUUUCUCUCUCAUUGGUUACAGUCUGUGGAAACUUUGCCCACAAGCACUGCAGAGUCAUGACUUCAAUGUAUGUCUCUUCUCUGAUUGGCCAUUUCAGUCUGUGUAUCUUUUCUCUGAUUGGCUGCCCUGUGACUAACAGGAAAAUCACAGGUCUGGGGGAGGGCAGGAAAACGCGCAGACAGAGGAAGUUGUUCCUCUCAGAAUUCAGUCAAGACCAAACUUGUUUUUCAUCUUUAUUGUAUACACUUUUUAUAUACAUAUAUCAUGUGUAUAUAAAUGUAUAAAUAUAAUGUAUAUAAUUUCCCUCUUUCUCCCUCCGUGGGAGACAGCUGUUGCCUUCAUCUUCAGGAUGCGUGUGUUUGUGCGCGUGCGUGUCUGUCUACGCGCAAGUGUGUGCAUUUUCACAGCAAGUGCACUGUAAUUACCUUUCAACUGUUACUGUACUUCAACUGCUCUAUCUUUUUUGAUCUUUUAACGGUUUGAUUUGAUCAUUUCAGUCAGAUAUCGUCGCUUGUGUUUUUUGCAUGUACAUCGGCUUACGUUUUUUUUUUCCUGUUUGUUUGUUUAAUUUGAGAAUUUUUACUCUAAGGAGAGGAGCGAGGGAAGGGUCAGAUCACUAGUUUCGGAAGCAGCCUCUUGUCAGGCUGACCGCGGGUCGCCAUGCAUUUGGGGUGACACUAUGUGUGUGUGCGUGUGUGAGUGUGCGUGCGUGUGUGUGUAACAGAGUACACAUGUUCUUUACUGUACACCUGUAAUGGAAGAAACUGUGUCUAUAAUAUGAGCGUUGUAUAUGUGUUACGCACAUCAGAAAUGGUUACUGUUGUGUGUGUGUAUACAUACCCACAUGCACCCACUAGCGAAAUCCUGUUUCGUCAAGAGGAGACUCUUUCCAAGGAAUUUGACUGCGUUGGUGUUUUACGCCACAGUCAUUUCCAGUGUAAUUUGACCACAAUAACAGUUAUUGGGGGGGAGGGGGGGUCUUAAAUUCCUCUGGUUUUUAAGCAUUUCAAAGACAGUUUUUAUACAGCCAAUGUAAUGAGGAGAAAGGAGGGAUGGGUUUUUUAUUACAGUAAAUGAAAAGAAAUGUAAUUGUUAAAAAAAAAAUUCUUUAGUCUAUCUGCUGUAUCUAACCUGUGGAGCUGAAAGUGCAGUCCUUCGGUUUCUCUUUCUCUCUCUCUUCUCUGUCCGUCCUCUCCUCUUUAUUGGAGUAAAAACAGCAGAAUUCUCGUUUUUUAUUAUUAUUAUUAUUAUUGCUAUAAUUAUUAUUAUUAUAAAUAUUAUUUCUGUUAUCUGAAGUGUCACUGAGUGGGUUCAAGUCUUAAUGUGGGGCUGUGAGGCCCCCCCUCCCCCCCUCCCCUCCCCGCUGUCUGCUCCCACCCCCCUGCCCGGCGCGACCGUUUGACAGAUUUUUCAGAGCGUUCCUAACGUGUGCGUGUGCAUUUCCUGCACAUAUGCUUCUGCGGCCACUCCUCCUGCUGUUCUGUGACUGCAGUCAGAAAAGACAGAUUAAGACCUUAAGGAAAAAAAAAGAUAACAGGGGAAUAUAAGAAGACUGCGAUGUGAAAUAAUUUCAAGCGAAAUAAAUGGUCUGUGAAUAUGUUUAACAUGUGCAUCCUUGCAUCCUUAUUUGGAGUGGACUGUGAGCUUUCUCUUACUCUCUCUCUCCCCCUCUUUUCUUCUGUUCAUUAAAACAGGAUAGGGCUGCAGACCAAACAAACAUGGCAUUAAAA